CCCAACCUAAGCUUUCUCUGCAUUCUUUCUCAAUCCACCGAACCAAGCAAAGCUAACAGGACCUUCCGACACUCACUUAUUCUUUCUCUUCUAACUCUCUCUAAUUACAUCAUAAACAAAAAAUAAAGGGAAGUUGAAGCUUGGACUAGAAAGCGAAAGAGUCUCUAAUCACCACUGUUAAACUGAAACCUUGGUCCAUUCUUUUUCAAGUCAUCAGCAAUGAAGACAGAGUCGAAGAAGUUAUCCAAGUCUUCGUGGCCUAAAUUAACCAUGAGGAAGUGGCUCAAUACGAAGAACGGUGCUGAGAAGUUUCAGUCAGACUACGAUGCAACAGCAACUGCGAUGGAAAGAAGAAAGAGUUUCUCAGACGAAGAUCGUUACGUCGCCGUACCGGAUGAUGAUUUCUCAGAGGGGAAGAGUGGAAUGAAAGGUUUGGUGCUUGGGAAGCAAUCAAGUCCUGAAAGUGGCACUGGAGCUCUGAACCUUAGGAUGUUCGUGGGAACGUGGAAUGUGGGAGGGAAAUCACCCAAGGAAGGUUUGAGUUUGAGGAAUUGGCUCACGUCUCCUUCCGACCCUCACAUCUAUGUAAUUGGGUUCCAAGAAAUCGUACCGCUAAAUGCGGGGAACGUACUUGGGCCGGAGGACAGUGGCCCAGCGGCGAAGUGGUUGGGCCUUAUGCAUGAAGCCUUGAACACCAACAACUAUGACGAUGAUGAGAACAAUGGUGACCACGACCUCAAAUGUAGGCAAAGUUUUUCAGAUUUUGUCCCUUUAGAUGGUGAGUUGGAUAAUGGAGAAAAGUUUCCUAAGACUCCACGACGCUAUUGCUUAGCAGCAAGCAAGCAAAUGGUUGGUAUUUUCUUGUGCGUGUGGGUUCGAGCGGAUCUUUGCACCCAUGUUUCCAAUUUGAAAGUGUCCUGUGUUGGCCGAGGCAUCAUGGGUUAUCUUGGAAAUAAGGGUUCAACAUCGAUUAGCAUGACAUUGUACAACACCACGUUCUGCUUCGUUUGCACCCACUUGGCUUCUGGGGAGAAAUUUGGUGACGAAUUGCGAAGAAACUUGGACGUCUCGGAAAUCUUGAAGAAAACCAAAUUUUCUCACUCCUUUAAAUCUCUUCCUCAUUCUCUCCCUCCUGAAAGUAUUUUGGAACACGAUAAUAUUAUUUGGCUUGGCGACUUGAAUUAUCGACUAGCUGCUGGCUAUGAGGACACACAUGAACUACUAAAGAAGAAUAAUUGGCAGGCAUUACUGGAGAAGGAUCAGCUAAGGAUAGAGCAGAGGGCUGGUCGAGUAUUCAAAGGUUGGAAUGAAGGGGACAUAUACUUUGCUCCUACUUACAAAUACUUGACCAAUUCUGAUCACUAUGUUGCCCAAUCUUCCAAAUCCAGGGAAAAACGACGAACUCCUGCUUGGUGCGAUCGAAUUCUUUGGAAAGGAGAAAGUCUGAAUCAGAUGUGGUAUGUUCGGGGAGAGUCCAAGUUCUCAGACCACAGGCCAGUUUAUUCACUAUUCUCUGUUGAAGUGGACUUGACGAGCAAAUAUCGAGUUCCCAGGUCCUGUACGUUAAAACCCUUGACAAGUACUGCGUUGUCAUCAACUAGUGCUGCUAAAGUCCAAGCAGAAGAGCAACUCUUCCUGCUAACGAGAGCUCAAAGUUGCAUCGACACAGUUCCCAGGUUUUAAGUCCGUAAGACACUAGGCAGAGGUAGUUUUCGGAUCGAUACCACCUUCAAGUGCAAACGCAGUCCAAGAUGGUGCACUUUGGUAUAUAUCCAUGUCUUUCGGGUAUUCAUUUUCGUGUACCCUAACAACCCCUGAUGUUUUUUGUGGGGAUUAGUUAAGAGGUUUGUGUUGGAACUAUGGCCAAACACCUCGACUUCUCGAGCGGCUAGGAUAGUUGUCAAUAUACUAUGAAUAACUCAGGAAAUUUUGAAGAAGAAAAUGUUGAUUGAUAAUAUUUGUAAAUUUUAAAUUGUAAUCAAAGCAAUACUUAUUACUAUUAUUAAUAUAUCGAUAUUUGAUAUUUUUUAAUACAAUGUUCAACUUGUAUUAUUUGUAUAGAAUAAACAUUGAUGGUGUUUGUCACUA